AUGAAAUUAUCAAUUCGCAGAUCCUUGCACCUUCACAAACAUGAUUGGCAAGAAAAUAGUGACAAUAUUUCUAUUGACAGUCUAUAAAGUAAAUCAUGACUUAACAUUUAUGAAGAUGUUCAAUCAGAAAUCCUAAAUGAAGAACCCAGUCCAUUCUCACUUCCAAUAUUUCUAAUACCAUUAAUCUACGCAACAUUUAUCCUUAUUCUUAUGAUUCAAGUGUACCAUCAAUAGCAACCUUAAAAAGAUCCAUCCAGUGCUUCUGCCACCUUGAAAACACUACAAGAAAACCUAGCUUCAUCACCAAUCCUUGAUAUUCAAAAUACCAUUCAAAUUAAUAGACUCCAUAGACAUUAUUAAAGUUGUCCAUAUGGAUUUGAAAUUACUACUAUAGGCACUUGGGAAGGAGUCAAUUCAGGUAUUAAGAAUGAUAUUUAAAUAGGUUGUUUAUGUUCAAAUGGAGAAUUAAAAGAAAGAUCCUAUUGUUUUACUCAUUUCAAAUCUGAUUGUUAGAGUGUUCCUUAUUAUAAAGGAUAACAAUUCUAAUAUUGGAAAGGAGAAAUGUUAUGUGUUGAAUUUGCAAAGAAAUGGAAAUGGGUAGGUAAUUAGGAAUGUCCAUCUAAUUACUAUAAAUGUGGUGCUGGUAUAUGUAUAUCAUCAUCAAAUUCAAAAUGUCCACUUACAGAUUUAAUUGAAACACAAACAUAAACUGAAAAAUAGAUUAAAAUUGGGUCAAAAUAUUUUAAUAAGUACCGUAACGGUUCAACUCCAUUAAUUAAUUUUUAAAUUGUUCCUGGUGUUCAUCCUAAUUCAAUGUGUUUUAAUUCAAAAGUAUAACCAAAAUUUUAAAGUGGUAAAUAUUAUCCGUUAGCGAUUGUUCCUGAAAAGGGCUGUGAUAAAUAUGGAAAUACAUUUAAUUAUUCAAAAAUCAUUGAUUCAGAUUAUUAAUUAAAUGUAUAUGAUGACAAUGAUUUCACUAAUUUUUAAAGCAUACCAUACUUUUUAGAUUAUAUUGAUAGCAUUGAUACUUAUACCUUAUAAUUAAUGAGUAGAAUAACAAUUAAUUCAACAAAUCCAGAAUGUAAUAUUGUAGAUCCAGAUAGUAUAAAAAAGAUGAGAUUACAAGGAGAGAUUAUUAAUUCUUAUAGUAGAUAUGUGAGCAAAAUCUCUUUAAUUUUAACAACUGUUUUAUUAAUAACAUCUUUAUUGUUUUAUUUACUAAGAGAUGUAAUAUUCAUAUCUAUUGAUUUUACUAAAUUUUAACAUAUUGAAUAUUAAUUGAUAAUAACGUUUAUCCUAUGCAUGAGUAAUAUAGCAUUGGGCAUAAUUUAUUAUACAUAAGCUGAUGGUUUAAAAGGAAUUGAUGGUUAGAAUAGAAUAUUUCAUGAAUAUCAAAAAUAUAAUUGUUUUACAGAUGAAGGGAUUACAAUUGUAUUUCUAAAAAAUAAUGAUUAUAGGCUGUGAAAGAAGUAAUAACAUUUGCAGAGCAUUCAUAUUUAAAUACAGAACCACUUGUAAAGGGAUGUUUCUUUGGUAGUAUAUUUUUCAUAGUAAUAAUAACAAUUUUGUUAUUUCUAUAAUAUAAAAAAGUUUAGUAAUUCUUUAUUAAACCUUGGAAAAUAAAUCAAAAUUGA